GCUGAGAGAUUAACAGCUCCUGAUAGGAUCUUGGCAACAACCUUCUCUCUACUCCUCAGCCACAAAACUAUCUUCAGAAAUGGAUAAAGCCUGUGUCUACCUGGUGACAGGAGGAUGUGGUUUUAUUGGGGAGAAGAUCGUAGAGCUCCUGUCUCAACAAGACUACAUCAAAGAAGUCAGAGUUUUUGAUUCAGUAGCAAGAAAAGAAGUAGAAAAAUUCACCACAGCUACCACACGUGUGACAGUGAUGAAAGGAGACAUCCGAGACUACAACCUGCUGCUGGCUGCCAUGGGGGGAGUGCAUGUGGUUGUUCACACGGCCGCUGUCGUGGACUACAGGAACAUCCUGCCCUUUGGGGAGAUGAGAGAUGUCAAUGUUGGGGGUACUGAAAAUGUGUUAAGGGCCUGCUGUGCCCGUGACGUCCCCUAUGUUGUCUACACGAGCUCCAUUGCUGCAGUGGGACCCAACACCUCUCACGAGCCCAUGUGCAGGGGAAAUGAGGACACCAGAUACAGUGGAGAAGUGGAGCUGCCAUAUGGGAAGACAAAGGCCAUGGCAGAAAAACUUGUAUUGGAAGCCAAUGGAAAAAAGCUGAGCAACGGUGGGAAACUCGUCACCUGCAUCAUCCGUGCCAACACAGUGUUUGGGGAGAAAGCAGCAUUUCUGCAGGAGCUGUAUGUGCUGGCCAAGGCCAGGGGCAGUGUGCUGCACUACCUGGAGCCCCAGGGCUCGGAGCGCAAUUACACCUACGUGGGGAAUGUUGCAUGGAUGCAUGUGCUUGCAGCGAGGAACUUGCAGCUGAAACCAGCCUUACUUGCAGGACAAGUGUAUUAUUCCUAUGAUGACACUCCAACCAGAAAAGGUUUUCUGAUAAGGCACCAGCUGUUGUCCUGUAUGGACCCCUCAGUGAGACUCGGCUCACACAUCCCCUACUGGAAGGUGUGGUUAAUGAUCCAGUUGCAUAGAAUCAUCACAAUCAUCUUGUACCCUUUCUGGAAGCCACAGCCUUUCCUGAACGUGCCUCUGCUGAACACGAUCGUCACCACGUUCUCCUAUGAGACAGACAAAGCCUCCAGGCACUUCGGGUACAAACCCCUCUUCACCUGGGCAGAGAGCAAGCACAGAACCGCACAGUGGCUAAAAGCAGCUGCAGGGAACCUGGAGCCCCCCCAGCUUCAGGGCAACAAGGGCUAA